GCUGAGCUAACGGUGGGCACACGGGUGGAAAGCAUAACAAUAACGUUACCGCUUUACCAUCUACACCGGGAGUAAUAGCGUCUCUUAUGGGUUCAAUUACGCGGCGUUAAAUACAGUCUCCUCACUGUGCUCUGGAGAGGAGGAGGAAGGGGAAGGGGAAGCUAACGGACUGGAAUGACCAGAUGCUAUUCCAGCGGAGAAGGAGAACGGGCUCGAAUAAGCAAGACACGGUGAUGGGUUCUCAUGACGGCUAACCUUCGCUUGAAACACGGAUACUGCGGAGACAGGGGAACUUGUUUGCUUCUUCUCCACUUCCCUGUGUGUGUGUGACAUUGUGUCUGAAAUGCUAACACAGUCACGGUGUCGGCCGUCGAGCAGCUUCUGGGCCGCAGCUCGGCACACCGAGCCCGAAUCUGGGAAAUAGCUAGCUAGCUCUGUGCUAGCCGCAGCUGUACCCGAUGCUGCUGUUGCUGCUGCUGCUGCUAAACGGAUCCACACAAGCGGUUCAGGGCCCCGGCGCUGAGUGAGCUAUUGUUUUAUCUUACUGGACUACAGCGGGCAUUUGAGAUGUGAUGCUUUUGUGCAUAGUUUUAGAGCCGUUUGUAGCUGGAGGCUCUCGCUUGCUUGAGGAGCUAACAUUGCUGCAAAAUGCAGAGCAGAACCACAGGCUCCUGUUGAAGGGGGCGAGGUUAGACUGAUAACAGCCCACCCUGUGUCUCUAUAUACUCGGGGUCACAUUUGGACAACGACCACAUUUUUUCCACGUCAUUCACUGCUUCAUCAGCUGGAGAUAUGGAUAAACUCACGAUCAUUUCAGGGUGCCUCUUUCUGGCAGCAGAUAUCUUUGCAAUAGCCAGCAUUGCAAACCCAGACUGGAUCAACACUGGUGAAUCAGCAGGUGCCCUCACAGUCGGUCUGGUCCGGCAGUGUCAGACCAUCCACGGACGAGACCGGACCUGUAUCCCGCCUCGGCUGCCCCCGGAGUGGGUCACAACACUUUUCUUCAUCAUCAUGGGCAUCAUCUCCCUCACAGUCACCUGUGGACUGCUCGUGGCAUCACACUGGCGCCGAGAAGCCACUAAAUACGCCCGCUGGAUCGCCUUUACCGGCAUGAUCCUGUUCUGCAUGGCGGCGCUCAUCUUCCCCAUAGGCUUCUAUAUCAACGAGGUGGGGGGCCAGCCGUACAAGCUGCCCAACAACACGGUUGUGGGCUCCUCGUAUGUGCUCUUCGUCCUCUCCAUCUUCUUCACCAUAGUGGGACUUCUGUUUGCAGGCAAAGUUUGCCUCCCAGGCUGAGGACUGGACCGUACCCGCCUCUGGACUGAAACACGAGGCUCUGAAAAUGUUACGGGAUUUACAAAAAACACACAAUGACUGAAAAUCAAGAACAACAAACUCUGGCUAAAAGCCCGACACAGGGAAGUCUUUGAUUUUGUGUCAAGGGACCGCAGCACCACGGAGUAUCUAACGAACAAAAAGACUAAAAGAGGCGACGUGGGCACAAUAGGGUGGAGGAGAGAGAGGGCAGCAGAGGCUGCUGCAGCACCCUGCCACUGUUGAUUUAAAAAUAUGGCCAUCUCUGUUGUUGUUCUGUUGGAAGAGGGUGCUUAAUGUGCUGCUGUCAUAGCAACUGCGGUCACAAUGCUGGAGCACAUUUCUUGAGGACCACUCCUCCAUUCGCCCCGGCCGCCCGCCGUAGCGCCCUCAGCACACAUCCGCGCCGCCACGACUGCUCCUGAUGCUACUUUUGGCUCCUCUUAGCUAUUUCUGUUGUGUGUUGUUUUGUUUUUGUACAUUUUGUGUUUUCUUUUUGUUUGUUUUUUCCUUCCAACCUCCGCCGCCUUUUCACUGAAGUAGCUUGAGUGUUAUCGAGUCUCACUGAGCUGAGUCUUUGAGGGUCUUCUUUUUUUAUUGUUUGUUGCCAGCUUGGCUUUAGAGCGGGGUUUAUUCUCUCCCGCCACUUCCCGAGGCCUCAGGUAUGCGGCUGGGCAGAGCAGCUGUGAGCGCAGCUGUCUGCUGUGGAUGAGAGGAGGGUGCAGGUCUGCCGCCUCUCAGUCUCCGACCAGCUGCAGCUCAGAGCAGGUAGCAGCGUAGGGGCGACCUCCCUCUGCAGCAGAGCAGGGGGUCGAGUAAUGUAAAGGAGAAUGCCACUCAAUGUAAGACCUUGCAUUUUGUUAUCUGAAUGCUCAGCAACAGAGUAUUAGUGAGCUAAGCUUAAACCCAUGACACUGAUAAACAUCUUUUGCCAAUAACUAGAAAACUGUGAAUUUAGGAAACACUCGUCUGAAUAUAAAGACACCUUUUUGUAUUUGUUGUAAUAAUUCUGUUAAACACGGCCACAAGCACAGAGGCCUUUUCAAAGAAGAGUAUUACUUCACUGUGUUGUUGCAUCUUAGAAGGGUAGAGAUGACCUCAUAUAUCACUAAUUGUAGCAGACAGUAUUGACUUUUUAUGAAUAGAAAAUAAAGUUAUAGUAAAAAAUAACAAGCGAAUCCUGACAAUUGGUGGUAUUCUCCUUUAAUGUUGGACAGGAAGGAAGCGAGCCAGGAGCUUUUUUUGUCUUGUCGAGGCACAGGGACUGCAGGUCAGGUCCAUGCAUGGGGCUGUGCCUCAGUGUGCUACUUUUGAGGUCUGUGAAUGUAAAACACACACACACACACACACACACAGCAACACACACACACCCUGUCUGCAUGCUGUAAAUAUGCUGCAACAAACAGUUUUUUUUCAUUUCAGCAUGCUUCAUUUCUAAAAGACCAGCUUUUAACUUGACACACACACACACACACACACACACACGCAGAUUAGUGACCCACAAUUCGUCCCCUGUCCAGCACGCUUUAUUAAGAGCACCAACAUUUAUCAGCCUUUAUCAAUGUCAUCUCAAUGGUUUUUAUUUAUUGUUCUGAGCCAUAAUCAUGCUCUUAUGAACUACAAAUCCCAUGACUUGUAGGCUCUUGGGAAUGUAAACAUAAAGUACAGCGUUGCCAUGGAUGCAGUGAGUUAUGCUCUGGGCUAAUGGUUAAGCUAUGCUUUAUUCUUUACAUACAAUUGUUAACAUGAUGAAAAAUUGGCCAUAUUUUAAAUAUUGGUUAAUAGGAUGCCAGAUUAGGGAGCCUAUUACUAUUAUUUUUUACAAUAUGCCUAUUGAUAUACAGACAACUACUUGUGAAUAAAUUUGAUGCUAAAGAAAGCUGAAAAGUUAGGAAGAUGAGAAAAAAAACAUAUCCUAUAAUUUCAAAUGAGUUAUUUAUUCACGAUCUCUGAUAAUAAUUGAAACCUUCUGCUCUUUACGAAACACCAAAUUAGGUAGCUCAAACUGGUUAUUCAAAAUCCUGUAUACCUAAAUUAUAUUAUACCCAAUUUUUGGGAAAUCGGUUAGAUCCACCCAUACAUAUUUAAAGUCCAUUCACGGUUAACAUCCUUCAACUGUCCCUCCCUAACAGAAAAGCUGCAGAUAUUUUUUGUUGCAAUUGCAGCCCUAUAUACAGUAUAUGUACAAAAACACACCUAGAAGCUUCUACAAUUUUAGGAGCAUACAAUGUACUGACCCUCAGAUUGUGUGUGUGUGUGUGUGUGUGUGUGUGUGUGUGUGUGUGUGUGUGUGUGUGUGUGUGUGUGUGUGUGUGUGUGUGUGUGUGUGUGUGUGUGUGUGUGUGUGUGUGUGUGUGUGUGUGUGUGUGUGUGUGUGUGUGUGUGUGUGUGUGUGUGUGUGUGUGUGUGUGUGUGUGUGUGUGUGUGUGUGUGUGUGUGUGUGUGUGUGUGUGUGUGUGUCCUGCUCAGUUUCACUCCCUCUCGGUCUGAUGUACUGCUAACGACACUCUGCAGCGCCCUCCCGUCUUGGUUGGUCCGUAUUGUGCCAUGACCUCUUUUUGUUUAAUAAUGUACAGACUCACUCAAAAGGCAGGAUUUCUGUUUUAGAAAGCACUGUGCAUUCAACAGUAUAGGUAACAUAGGAGCACCACAAAUGUAUAAAAUAGAGAGAACUUCUUACCUCAUUGUUUUUGUUUCUGCUAUUAUUUUCUAAUGGUGGCAAUGUGUUGCCCACAAAUUUGUCUCUUGCCUUGAUAGGAUGUCUUCACAUAAAGCCUAUGAUCAUAGGAAAUUAUUUAUCACUGAAUAAAAGAGGAAAAAUGGGCGUGUUACUCUAAUACAGUCUUUAUGAAUUAUUGUGCUUAUUUAAGGGGAUGUGAAUCAAAGCAGAAGCUAAGAAGAAGGGCAAAACACGCCGUGCAUAAUCUCAAACGAUGAAUCUUAAAAUCAACAUGCUACUUCUGCAUGAUGUGAUUCAGAUGUCCUUCUACUCUUACUUCAUUGAACCUGGAAAAACGACUUCAAGGGCAGCCUCUCAGGAUGCGACAGUGAAAUGACUAUCUGUGUUCCCAGAGUGCAUCUGUUCAAUGCUGUCAAAUGGCCUUGAAGUCUAUUUUUAGAAUAGUAUUGUCUAAGCUAAGUGAUCAAAGUCAUUUUAAGAUUUUUCUUUUUCAUUCAGAAUAACACUUGCUUAUCUACACAUCAUAUGUUUUACAGUCUGCAUAAAACCGUUAGCGGGGGAGUGCAAUAGUUGCAACCUUUAUAUUGACCUUGACAGACAUUCAGAAUGAUUGGAUUUGUUAUUGAUAAACGAAGGCAGCUUCUGGCGUUGCCUUCGAUUGCAACUUAACUUGCGAGAGGUCAUGUUAUAAGGAAUUUAAAAAAUAUUACCUUUUAGAAAAAGUUUCAACUGAGUUCAUAAAGUAAUAGCUUUACAUUUUGGGGAACACAUUUCCUUUCAUACAGAUUGUCCUUAGAGAAGAUACCACUCAUGUAUGUGUGGUUAAAUAUCAAGCUAUCACCAGCAACUGAUUAGCAUAGCUUAGCAUAAUGACUGUAAACAGGGGGAACAGCUAGCUUAGCUCUCUUUAGGCAGGCUAACUGUUUCCAGUCUGUGUGCUAAUGUAAAUGUUAGCUGGCUGUGGCUUCUUAUUUAACAUAGAUUACCAUAAAGACUGUAAACAGGGGGAACAGCUAGCUUAGCUCUCUUUAGGCAGGCUAGCUGUUUCAAUGUUUCCAGCCUUGUGCUAAUGUAAAUGUUAGCUGGCUGUAGCAUCCUAUUUAGCAUAUCUUAGCAUAAAGAAUGGAAACAGGGGAAACAGCUAGCUUAGCUCUCUUUAGGCAGGCUAACUGUUUCCCUGUUUACAGUCUUUGUGCUAACACGUGUAUUUCCCAAAGGUAUUCCUAUAAGGCUCAUGAAAACUGUCUGUGUGUCUCCAGCAGAAGAGAAAAACAGUAACAUCUUCUGAAAUUUGACUUAUUAGUUGUUAUUUUGAAGCAUCAGUUCAUUGUUUAUUCUGAUCAGCAUUGACACCCUUCAAUGCCGCACAAAUAAUGCACAACAGCAGAUCAAACUCAGGAUUCUUCAAGAAAGCAGAUGUAUCACACUUUACACGAAAAGCCACAGAGAUCUGAGGACUAGUGUUAAUUUCUCAGCACAAGUCUACUAUAAACAGAUUUAUAUUUGAGAUUUUCACACACUCAGCUUGACGAGUUUCAUUUGCCUGCCAUGUUCUCACUGGCAGUGUGCAGCGUGACUCCUCUCAGGACUGCACCUCCAUUAACCUCUCAGAAACCUGCAGAGAUGAGCAUGAGUAAUGUUUCCAUUUAGGAUUUCAGAAGGUCACAGUAUUUCGGCUCGGCAGAUCACCUCAGUUCAGACAUCGCUCUGCUCUCUGAAGUCAGCUGCGAGGCUUUAGCAGAACUAGAGGAAAAAGCACUAAUGAAUAUUUGAUCUCGGCUGUAAUGCAGAGGCUCCUUUAAAUGUGAUUCUGUCAUCUCACCUUUCUUCAUAAAAUACUACUCCUGUCUGAGGAUCGAUCUUGGUUAGGCCUUGGAAUUGCUAAGGAAAAUUACCUCUUUUCUUUGGUCACAAUAAAAAUAGUUCAAGGGGGAAAAAGUAACAGAUUGUUUAAUUCAAGAAUCUUGAAUAUAAAAUAAACAAUUUGUUAAAAAAUUAACAUCUUAAAAGUGCUUAAUAAUAUAACUUGAGUAAAAGGAAAACACUCACAACUCAAACAGAAAUUCAGCAUUUCUUUGAGGCAUUUCACUAUUUACAGUCUGUUGAAAGGUUACAAUCAGUCUUACUGUGUGACAAAUGCUUGUCAUCUCUACCUUGAAUUAUGAGCAGAAGAAAAACACAUUUAUGUUGUAUAAGUUCUCCUAUGUUGUUUGCUUUCACCCACUCUACUCAAUUGUUAUCUGCUCUCACAAUAUGUGCGCAAAGCAGUAUCACCCUGCAUUAUGUACUGAGGGGGUGAGUUUAUAAAGGACGCCUCGCAGAUGUGACUGCCAGACUUGGUUUAGUUGGUCCCCCUGAUCGGCAGCACAUGCUUAAUAGUGAGUUAUCGGAGGACAGAUGAACACUGACAGACCCCAGAACAGGUCUCUCAGUCUAGAUGGAGGUGAGAGUAAUUUCUCUGGCCCAAAAUGCAUCGUAUCAUAUUUUAAUUGUGAAUUAAAAAGAGCAUAUGUGAACCUGCAGGGUGUUGCAGCAAUCCACAUUAUGCUGGAUUGUAAUGAGUUUAAACUGCUUAACCAUUCAGACCUCGAUUAAGUUGAAUUAGAAAAGUGAAUAGUAAUAAGAGUUUGUAAUGGCAAAUGUCAACGUACAUUAUGAGGAAUUGCUGCAACACAACUUCUAUCCAAUGACUUAUUCUGUGAAAAGGUUUCCCUUUACUGCUGGGUGCUCAAUAUACUUAAUGAGACAUCAUCGAGCAAUCCUUUUUCUAAUAUUGUGAAAAUGUCUGUCGUUUUAACAACAGUCUGCCGUCGGCUGAACCAAUAUCUCUUGAUGUUUACCCUCUGUUGUAGUUGAUAUCAUUUUCCCCAAUUCACAGAGACAAUAUGGGAGAUUCAAGAAAAAGCAGAAGAAGGACUGUGGAUGACUGACUCAAAAGACACAUAUUGGCAUUUCCAGCCAAAAUGAUCCAAUUAUCUUUUUUUCUCAGCACCUUUACCCGUGUUAUUUAUCAGAAUCAGCCCAAAUAAAUCUUCUGACAAAAGUUGA